AUGAAAAAAAGCAUCUUUAAGUUCACACAAAAUACAUUUUUGAAAGUAAAUAAUUUUUCCAUUAGUAAAAGAAGCUAUGUAUUUCAUUUUUUUGAAAAUAGAAGUAUAAUAACUAGUAAUAUUUCUGAUAAUAAAGAAAUUAAAAUUAAAGAUAUAGGAGAUUUAAAAAUAAAAAGUUUAAAAAAAAAUAAAAGCAUAAAAGAUGAUAAGGAUGAUGAUAUAUAUAUACUAAAUGGAAAAAUAUUAUAUGCACAAAAAAAUAAGAAGGCAAAAAAUGAAUCAAAAUUAAACGAUUCUUUUAAAAAAGUAAAAUAUUUAGAAAACUCAGACAAUUCAUCUUAUAUCAAAUUAAGUUAUAAUUUAAAAAAAAAUAAUUUAGAAACUUUUAAAAAUGAAUAUAAUGAAUAUAAAAGAAGUGAAAUAAGUAAUUCUUUUAAAAAGGAUAUAAAAAAAGAAAAUGUAGAAAAGUAUGAUGAUAAUAGUAACAUUAAUAGUAAUAAUAUAAAUGAUAAAAAUUAUAAUCAGAAAAGUGAACCAAGUAAUUUUUAUAAAAAAAAUGAGAUUAAUGAAAAAUUAGAUGAUUGUGAAUUUAAAAAUAAUGAUGAUAAAAUAAAAAAUAUAUAUAUGAACAGCUUUAGUGACGAAAUAAAAAUUAAUAAUGAAAAAAAAAAUGAAAGUGAACGAAUUAUAGCAAAAGAGGAGAAAGAAAAAAAUACACAGACAAAAAACAUUGUUAAUAAUGAUACAAAUAAAACAGAAAAUAUUUUAAAUAACAAAAACAAUUCAGAAAUAAAAUUUCCGAGAAAUAAUAAAAAUAUUGACAACGUUAAACAUGAUGUAUAUGAAAUUUUAAAUGAAAUUAGUUCAGAUAAUGAUAAAAAAGAAAUAGAAAAGUUUUUAAAUUAUUUUUUAUUAUAUAAAAAUAACAAUUCUACAAACAUUUUAGGUAAUUUUAUCAGUUUUUAUUUUUGUAAUAUAUUGAGUGAUGAUCUAAAGGACUUAAAAUAUUAUUAUUUUGAUGGAGUAAAAUUAAGUGUCAAUUCAUUUUUUAACACCAUAAGAGAAUUAAAUGAAAAUCAACUAUCUAAAAUGACAAAUAUUUAUUUAAAAGAAUAUUUUUUAAAAAUAUUCAAAAUUUUAAAAUCUCAGAAUUUGAAUUUACAUUUUGAUAAUUUAGAAAUAAAUGACAUGAAAUUGCUAUGUAUAUAUAAUAUACUUGGAUUAAUUAGAAAUGAAGGAAAAAGAUCAAAAAAAGAAAAUAUAAAAAAAUUUUUAUAUCAAUAUAUAUGUGUAGAAAAUAAAGAUCUUGCUCUUCUAAAAAGCAAUAGCAAAAUGAAGUUCUUAACUAAUAUUAUAAAAAAUGGUGUUACUACGCGUAUGCACAUAUUAAUAAACUUAUCAUAUGAUCUAUCUACAUAUAAUACUAUUUCAUCUAAUUAUAUUACAAAAACAAAAUUUAAAAAUAUAAAUUUAGAAUUUAUAUUUGAAAAUCAACUAGAGAAUCCUCUUUUUUCUUUGCAAUCACAUGAUACAAUAAAUUUAAAAUCAUCAGGAUGGUAUUUAGUUGAUGUUAAUCAAAUAUUAAAUGGUAAUUUACCAUAUGAAUGA